GAGGAGGAGGCGGAGGAGGAGGAGGAGGUGUCAUGGCGCGGCGGCGGGCGGCGGUGAUCCUGGCGGGCUGCGGGGUGCUCGAUGGCAGCGAGCUGCACGAGGCCUCGGCCGUCCUGGUGCAUCUCAGCCGCGGAGGGGCCGAGGUCAAAAUAUUUGCCCCUGAUGUAGAGCAGAUGCACGUAGUCGAUCACCUCAGAGGAAGCCCAACGGAUGAGAAAAGGAACGUGUUGGUGGAAAGCGCCAGAAUCGCACGAGGCGAGAUUCAGGAUUUAGCGGAUCUGAAAGUCAGUGAAUUUGAUGCUGUCAUUUUACCUGGCGGAUUUGGCGUAGCAAAGAACUUGUGUUCCUGGGCUGUGGAUGGCAAAGACUGCACCAUCAACAGUGUCGUGAAGUCAACCCUUCAAGCCUUCCACAGUGCCAAGAAACCCAUGGGCCUGUGCUGUAUCUCUCCAGUGCUCGUAGCCAAAAUCUUCCCAGGCUGCGAAGUCACAGUCGGUUACGAUAAAGAUGUGGACGGAAGGUUCCCCGAUGCCGAGACGGCUACUGCGAUAAAAGAGCUUGGGUGCAGACACGUGUGUAAAGAUGUGAGCGAAUCCCACGUCGACGUUGCUAACAAGAUAGUGACUACCUGUGCCUUCAUGUGCAAAGCCCCGCUGCAUGAAAUUUUUGACGGGAUAGGUACGAUGGUGAGAGAAGUCUUAAAACUAGCCUGAUUGUCGCUGGGAUUCUUUCCGCACUGCACUCAGGCAGCGUACUCAUUUCAGCGUAAGACGCGGACGCGUUUGAUUGUUCCAAUAAAACAUUAAGUCACAA